AUGAACCUCGCCUCCCAAUCAGAUAUGGCUUCCGCAGGUAGUAGGAAUAAUGAUUUUAUUCCCAGAGCCCCAUUGAAUAGACAUAACUCUUCGUUGAUGGAUGUUAUUGGUAUUGGUAAUAAAACUAAUAAUAACAGUAGCACAAACUUAGCAAUGAAUAACUUUACAGUUGUAACUGAUCCAUUAACUGCUACCACAACAAGUAGACUAAUGAAUGUUGGGGGCAUUCAAAGAAUGGAUUCUCCAUUCCAACCUGAUCUAACGUUAAACCCUCCUUUACAACGAACCACCUCUAUAUUUAACGAUACAAGUACUAUCACACCCACUACUACCAAUACUGAUUUAAAUGACUUUCUUAAUCCUCUGAGUCCAAGCACUUCUAAUGCUGUUUCUACUAUAGCUCCUAUAUCUUCCACUAUCCAAAAUAUGGCUACGUCGAAUGUUUCAACGUUCACGCCAAAUGGUGUUCCAAUGGCCCCACCUGGUCUUAUUAAUCUUUAUGUAUCUCAAUGGAAAUAUGUAGAUUAUCAAGAUGAACAACAAGGCCCAUUUCCCUCUACUAUGAUGUCCCAAUGGUACCAUAACAACUAUUUCCAGUUGAAUUUACAAUUGUUGAUUGUUGACCCAAAUAAUAACAACAACAACACUAAUUCUAACACAAAUAAUCAGGAUACUUCCAAAACUUUAACUAUUGAUCCAUUACAAAUUCACAAUAAAUUUAUUACCUUGAAUGAGUUGAUUUUAAAAGUAGGUAAUGCAAUUGAUCCCUUUGCUACAUACGAUUCCAUCAUAAAUUCUUUAUUAAGAAAUGUGAAUGGAAAUAGUAUCAACAUUAAUUCUCUAUUUCCUCCUCCACAGCAGCAGCAACUACAACAACAAUCAUUACCUUCAAUCUCUGCUACAAAAAUAGCUCCUACUAAUUCUAAUACAUCUUCCAAUCAAUUAUUUACUGCGUCCUCCUAUAUAAAUCCAACAACAGUUGACGACAUUAAUGCUUUUUCAACUGACAAGGUACUAAAUAGACAUGUUCCGAACAACAAUAACCCAAUUAACGUUGGUGAUUGGAGUAACGUUGAUAAUAAAAAUGAAAAAAAUACACACGUUAAUAACUUUGAUCCGGGAACUACUAUGAAGGAAGACGGUAUUGUUGCCAAUAUUCAUAGUGGAGACUAUACGUUUGAUGAAAUAAUGAAUUUACCAUUACCGGAUAAUGCAUAUUAUCAUCAAGUGCUGGUUCCAGUCCCAAUGCAGCGUCAACUAAAGAAAAAAAUAGACCCACAAAUCGUCAUUAAACCAAGUGAUGAUCCUAGAUUCACAGAUAUUUGGGCUAUUAAAGAAAUCGUUGUUGGAUAUCCCAAACUUUUGAAUGAUUCCAACAAAGUGGAAAAAGAUUUGAAGAACGAGCCGGUUGUUGAUGAAACAUCCACAUUAGAAACAAAAGUUAUCACAACAACCAUUCCACAUUCAGGAGAAAUAGAAGAUAAGUUUACUGGCUUAUCCAUUUCAAAUACUAUAGAAUCUCAAGAAGAUCAUAAAGUAACAAAUAAAACUAAGAAAACCAAAAAAUGUGAAAGAAGUGACAAAAAUGAAAAGGGUGUUUCUGUUUCACAAGACGAGCAAAAGAUUAAUGUUGAUAAGAAAGAUCUGACUUUAGAAGAAAAACGUAAAAUUAAGGCUGAGUUAAUGGCAAAACAAUUAAUUGAGGAAGAAGAAGCAAGAGUCAAACAACAAGAAAUAAAGUCAAGUAAAAAAUCUAAGAAACAAAAAGAGAAAAAAUCAAAGACUAAAAAAAAUGGAUCUGAAUCUGCAAGUCAUGUUGGCCAGAAGGAAGAAUCCAAUAAGACAGCUGAAGAAGCUAAUCAAUUAAUUCCGGAUGAAGCAAGUUCUUCUCAACAACCUAUCUCUAAGCCAGCACCUUGGGCUAAUAAGGGAAGAAGUAAGAAUAAAGGUAUAUCUUUAACGUCGUUUUUUGAAUUACAAAGAAACGAAGAAAUUAAACAACAAAAGAUCGAAGAACAAAAGAAGUUAGAAGCUAUGAGAUUAAGUGCACAGAUCUUGAAAGAGGAACAAGAAAAAGAGAGAAAUAAGGCUAUGUUAACAUGGGCGAAUACUAAUACUAGUACCAAUAUUAUCGCUACAGUAGAUAUUAAGGGAGAGUUGUUGAAGGACCAAGAACAAAAGAAAAAAGCCAAGAAAGAAUCAUUACAGCAAAAUCAAUUAAAGUCAUUUGGUAAUAUCCCUAAUGAUCCAGCAUUUAUUGAGGAACAACAGAGAAUUUGGGAGCAACUACGAAAAGCUUCAAAGACUCAAAAAGCAAACAAUUCUUCCAUAAAUCAAACAAUUACAACACCUACCACUGCUGUUUCUAAUACAAAUGCAUGGACAAAGGUUACUUCUAAGACUAAAAAGACAACCGUACCUGCAUCUAAUGUCUCUGUUAAACCACAACCUGUAAAUAAGCCAACUAAACAAAUUGGAUCGUCUACAAGUAUUCCUGCAUUAAAAAACAAGUUUGUUUCCAAUAUCGGUACCAUUUCUCCUGCUACAGUUACUACUAGAACUGCUACUCCAAUGUAUCCAGGAAAUUCAUCCAUAUCUAAGAGACAAGAAUUUUUGAAGUGGUGUAGGUCUCAGUUGAAAUUAAAUCCAGGUAUUUCAAGUAACAGCGUUUUAGAGGUCCUUUUAAGUUUACCAGCUGGUGCCGAAUCUAAUGAAAUUAUCGCUGAUACUAUAUAUUCUAAUAGUGCUGUCAUGGACGGGCGUAGAUUCGCUGUUGAAUUUAAUAAGAAACGUAUUGAAUGUGAAAAACAGGUUACCGAUCCAUUAUCAUGGAGUGAGGCUUUAGCUUUACCUGAAGGUAAUGAUGACGACUGGGAAUUCCAAGUAGUCAGUAAAAAGAAGAAAGGUAAAAGACAUUGA